GAAACCUUCUUGAAAAAUGGAGCGCUGACACCACGAUUCUAUUCCAUAAAAUCCACCCAUAUUUUCUAGAUCUAGCCUCUGCGAACCGUCUUUGAAAAUUUAACACUCCUUCAAAUCUGGGUACCCAAUUCUGGGUCUAUACCCGACGCCGAAAAACUGUGGAGAAAUCAAUAAUCUAGGACAACAACUAACCAAUUUAACAACGGCGAGUUUCAAGGUGGGUUGCUGGUUUGGAUUUGGCGUUGGUGAGCUGCAAAGCGGGCUGCCGUGAUCUGGGCACGACGGCGGCGAGCUGCGAGGUGGGUAGCCGUGGUCUAGAUAUGACGGCAGUGUAGCUGCAAGGUGGUUGAGGCUUGAGUUUCGACUUCUCCAGCUAUCUCAAGAGCGUGAGCAGCUAACUGGGUUAAUUCGACAAGGGAGAGCUGGAAGUACUUGGGGAUGUUUGAAUGAACUCCACUGUUGCUAAACAAAACUUUCCAUGGCCGAUGAUACAUCAGAAACUGAAACGGGGCUAGAGGACUGCGAAGCAACAAAAGCACAGUUGGCUGUAAUGAAAGCAAAAUUAGCCGAAUUCUCAACCAAGUUUGAGGCUGCUUUUAGUGCUUCUGUGGACAAACUCCAAAGCUCUGUGGUAUGUCGGUUGGCGAAGAACAAGGAACCGCGAAGAGAGUGCAUAUUAGGACCACAUUACAGCUUCGGUAUGCCGCCGGUCAUCGACGAGGUUCUAGAAAAUUCAUUGGUGGACACAUCUUGCCUGACCGGCGGAGCUAGCUGGUCUAGUUGGAACACAAAUUCCAAACAGCCAGGGAGUUGGCCGAAAACGACACCCGAGUGGAAGAAAUGGGUACCACGGAUGGAGCAUUUUUUCGGCCGCUCAUGGAAAAAGUUUGGUAUUUAUGAUAGCAUUAAAAUGUCCGAGCAGGAAAUCUACAUGGACCGGCCUCUCCUUGCUGCUGCCUUGUGUUUUUGGUCAUCUGCUACUAACACCAUGAACCUGCCACUUGGGCCAAUGAGUCCAACCUUGCUAGAUAUGGCUGCAAUAUUUGGUUUUCGGCCGAAUGGAGAGGAGAUAUGUGCUUUAGCUGACCUUCCUUCCUCUUUUCAUGCUAGCCUGAAACCCAAAGUGAACAAGGAUGACAAGAAAGCAAAACAAAAAGCUGAUGUUAAAGCAAGGAAGUUGCUUAAUUAUAGCACUUUCUAUGCCGAACAUGCAAUUGCCGAGGAUGUGUCUACGGUUGAGAGGCAUAACCCAAAACAACAUGAACACGCCGCUUUCCUCCUCUAUUGGCUAUGCAAAUAUGUAUUUUGCACCAAGUCGAACAAGUGUUUGUUUGAGUUUGCUGGUAUUGCGGAGGCCCUUAGCUUGGGUAAACCUUUAGCCCUUGGUCCGUUUGUCCUUGCCUAUCUUUACCGUACUUUGCGUAAUGUAGUGACCAACAAUAUGACGCUGGAUGUUGGAGGGCCAUUAUGGAUGUUCCAGGUAUGGGUGCAAACUUACUUUCGUCAGCUUCGACCAAGUCAUCCUUUUGAUUCCACUGUGAUUCUCGGCCGCCAAAUCAUCUCUCUUGGUCCUCAUGCACAUUCAGUAGCCGAGUGCUUUGCUUUCUUCCUUUCGAGAAAGAGCAUGACCAAGGAAGAGUUUGCCAUAUGCUAUAGCCGAGAUUAUCCUUCUUGUCUUACAUUAAACAUAACGAAGCCAUGGGAGAGGUCUUUGGACUUGUCAGUACUUCUACCUUGGGGGAGCAUUCUGAUUUCUCGAGACAUAAACUAUGGUCUCAAGGGUACACUGGGUCGGCCAGGGGUUGAGGUUUAUCUUCCAAACUUUGUUGCGCGUCAGCUUGGCUUCAUACAAAGUUGUCCAGCCUUCUUUCUAAUGUCCCGGAAUCGUUUUUCUUCAUGGAGAGGUGGGUUUACAGACGCUGCGCAUUGUUCGGCCGUCACUCUUUAUUAUCAGACUCAGUUUGGCAAGUUUGAGAGAUCUGGCCUGAGCGCCCGCGAACCUGAUCAUAGAGCAACUCCGACUUUCCAAUCUUGGUGGUCAACAUUUAUCAAGAAGAAACUUGGAGAGGACUUGCGGAUAACCGAGCGUAUUGCCUUGUAUGGAUUCCCGGGCUUGUUCACCAACAAAGGCAAUGGCAAGAAGAAAGCACCGGUUGCUAAGUCGAAAUCCAAAGAAUUGUCUAAGGAAGAGCAAACUUCAAAGAAACGAGGAUCAAAGUCGGGAAAAACUCUGCCUACCAAGAAGGUAAAGAAGUCACCUGACGUGGUGGAGAGUUCGGUCACGAAUCCGGCCGACAUUAUGGUUAGUGAAGACAUAAUUUUCGAGGGUGAUAUGGAUAAUAGCCAAAAUGCUCUAGCUGAAAAUCACAUCAUGUCUGGAGCUGAGGAUGCGGCCGAAACUAGUGAUGCCUCAACCAACAAUACGGGUUCGGCCGACAGUGAAGGUUCGCUUGAUGAAGCACAGUCAGAAAACUUUGAGCAUGAGGGAGAUGGCCGUAUUGAUCACUCUUUGCCUCCUCCUGAGAGUUCCAUGGUUGAGAUUGACAUGGAUGACUUGGGUGAGAACCAGCUUCCUAAUAUCGACCAACAACUCGCAAACUCAGCCAACCUUGCUAAGGAUGCGGAAGACGUCGGUGUACUUGGCCGAGAGGCAUUGCUUAACCACCAAAUACCUGUCCAGGUACGAGAAUCUCGAAGCGGUUCAACCCUGGAGUUGGCUCUUUUCAACCCAACUGAAUCAACUCCUUCUAUGUUCGGAAUGCUUACCUCUCCUCCUACUGAAGGGAUACCUCGAAGUGAUCAAGCUAUCGUUUGCGCCUCAUCGUCGGCUGAGCCUGUGGAACAAACAACAGGUGAUCCUGGUUUGGAGUUACUUCAGUUUCUCGAUACGCUAGAUAACAAUGCGAGCCCGGUAGAGGAAAAGCUUGAGACAAAUGAAACCAAGAAGGCACUUGAAUCGGUCAGACAGUUUUUGGGUUGUGAUACGAGAGCAGUAACCGAGACUAGUUUCCUUGCCUUCAAGGAGGCGGUUGAAGUACUUAUUUCAGCCAACCACUUAUCUCAAGUAGAAGCUUAUGAAGUUCAUGCCCUUUUGUCCCGUGCAAAUUUUAGUCUUUCUCCUUGCUUAGAAGCCCAAAAAGAGUUUGAAACCGGCGAGAAGUUGAUAAGUGAGUAUAAAGACAUUCGCCAGUCUACCGAUCUUGGCCAACUUCAUAAGUUGAAGACUUCUUUGGACGAGGGAAGGCAAAAAGUGCGUGAUUUGAAAAAGCAAUUGGUCGAAGCUGAAGAGCAAGUCAAAGUCACUUCGGCUGCCAUCCGAACCAUUGUUCCUCAACAAGAUCUACCUAGGUAUAGCUUGAUUUUGUCCUCGGUCAAGUCAUACAACAAGAAGAGAGGCAUCUUGAAGAGAAAGGUCGACCAAGGUAUGGAGGACUUGGAAAAGGGAGAUGGCCGUAUUGAUCACUCUUUGCCUCCUCCUGAGAGUUCCAUGGUUGAGAUUGACAUGGAUGACUUGGGUGAGAACCAGCUUCCUAAUAUCGACCAACAACUCGCAAACUCAGCCAACCUUGCUAAGGAUGCGGAAGACGUCGGUGUACUUGGCCGAGAGGCAUUGCUUAACCACCAAAUACCUGUCCAGGUACGAGAAUCUCGAAGCGGUUCAACCCUGGAGUUGGCUCUUUUCAACCCAACUGAAUCAACUCCUUCUAUGUUCGGAAUGCUUACCUCUCCUCCUACUGAAGGGAUACCUCGAAGUGAUCAAGCUAUCGUUUGCGCCUCAUCGUCGGCUGAGCCUGUGGAACAAACAACAGGUGAUCCUGGUUUGGAGUUACUUCAGUUUCUCGAUACGCUAGAUAACAAUGCGAGCCCGGUAGAGGAAAAGCUUGAGACAAAUGAAACCAAGAAGGCACUUGAAUCGGUCAGACAGUUUUUGGGUUGUGAUACGAGAGCAGUAACCGAGACUAGUUUCCUUGCCUUCAAGGAGGCGGUUGAAGUACUUAUUUCAGCCAACCACUUAUCUCAAGUAGAAGCUUAUGAAGUUCAUGCCCUUUUGUCCCGUGCAAAUUUUAGUCUUUCUCCUUGCUUAGAAGCCCAAAAAGAGUUUGAAACCGGCGAGAAGUUGAUAAGUGAGUAUAAAGACAUUCGCCAGUCUACCGAUCUUGGCCAACUUCAUAAGUUGAAGACUUCUUUGGACGAGGGAAGGCAAAAAGUGCGUGAUUUGAAAAAGCAAUUGGUCGAAGCUGAAGAGCAAGUCAAAGUCACUUCGGCUGCCAUCCGAACCAUUGUUCCUCAACAAGAUCUACCUAGGUAUAGCUUGAUUUUGUCCUCGGUCAAGUCAUACAACAAGAAGAGAGGCAUCUUGAAGAGAAAGGUCGACCAAGGUAUGGAGGACUUGGAAAAGGGAGAUGGCCGUAUUGAUCACUCUUUGCCUCCUCCUGAGAGUUCCAUGGUUGAGAUUGACAUGGAUGACUUGGGUGAGAACCAGCUUCCUAAUAUCGACCAACAACUCGCAAACUCAGCCAACCUUGCUAAGGAUGCGGAAGACGUCGGUGUACUUGGCCGAGAGGCAUUGCUUAACCACCAAAUACCUGUCCAGGUACGAGAAUCUCGAAGCGGUUCAACCCUGGAGUUGGCUCUUUUCAACCCAACUGAAUCAACUCCUUCUAUGUUCGGAAUGCUUACCUCUCCUCCUACUGAAGGGAUACCUCGAAGUGAUCAAGCUAUCGUUUGCGCCUCAUCGUCGGCUGAGCCUGUGGAACAAACAACAGGUGAUCCUGGUUUGGAGUUACUUCAGUUUCUCGAUACGCUAGAUAACAAUGCGAGCCCGGUAGAGGAAAAGCUUGAGACAAAUGAAACCAAGAAGGCACUUGAAUCGGUCAGACAGUUUUUGGGUUGUGAUACGAGAGCAGUAACCGAGACUAGUUUCCUUGCCUUCAAGGAGGCGGUUGAAGUACUUAUUUCAGCCAACCACUUAUCUCAAGUAGAAGCUUAUGAAGUUCAUGCCCUUUUGUCCCGUGCAAAUUUUAGUCUUUCUCCUUGCUUAGAAGCCCAAAAAGAGUUUGAAACCGGCGAGAAGUUGAUAAGUGAGUAUAAAGACAUUCGCCAGUCUACCGAUCUUGGCCAACUUCAUAAGUUGAAGACUUCUUUGGACGAGGGAAGGCAAAAAGUGCGUGAUUUGAAAAAGCAAUUGGUCGAAGCUGAAGAGCAAGUCAAAGUCACUUCGGCUGCCAUCCGAACCAUUGUUCCUCAACAAGAUCUACCUAGGUAUAGCUUGAUUUUGUCCUCGGUCAAGUCAUACAACAAGAAGAGAGGCAUCUUGAAGAGAAAGGUCGACCAAGGUAUGGAGGACUUGGAAAAGGUUAGGGAAAUUCUUCGGUCUCCUCUACCCUCUGACAUGUAGUUAUAGGGGAAUAUGGUAUUCAUCUCGGCUUAUAUUUUGUACAUGGUCCUAGGACCAUAACUCAGCCGGUUGCCUUAAUUUUGUAGAGUCUGACCGACCUUAUUUGUAGGACUCACAUUCUAAUUUGCGUAUAUGACCGGUUGAUCAUUCGGCCGCUAUU